AAAUCCAGCAUGAGUUUCGGAGAAGAUGGAAGAUACAAGCGCUAGCAUAUUAUAAAUUAGAACAAGAAAAGGAGUUGGAAAAGAAAGAGGUAGAGAGAAAAUAUCCUCAUGAUGAUUUCAUGCAAGGAUAUUUACAUCAAAACAUAGAGAAUUCUUAUACCGAAAGGGAAAUUGAGACAGCUAAAAAACAGGUGGAGAUCGAAAGCUAUAUGCUUCGCAAUAAAAUGUGCUAUGAGCAAGAAAAAGAAAUAGUUAAAUAUAAUAUACAGCAGAUAGCUGAAAAUGUGGCUGAAGUGCUCAAUAAGACCAAUAAAUCUGAUACCUCAACAAUUGAUAAGUUAGACAAAGAUAGAGAUAAUACUCCCAACUGUCUCACCUCUGAUGAAAAAAUAUUUAGCAAUCAAGUUGCUACUCUUGUGAAUGAAGUGGUGAAGUUUAUUGAGACCCCAGAUGGUACAAAACUGAAGAUAUUUUCUAAUUCAUCACAAGCAUAG